CUCCUUUGAUAGCUUCCUCGACAACGGUACAUAGAUCACGACCCUUGAGAAUGGCUGGCGUCGAGUCCGUGACCAGGUACAGUGAUAGGUCAGCCGGCAUGAUGUGUGUCCGUUGGAGUUAUCCAAUCCCGAUUAUCUAUCACAAGCUGCGUAUUCGGUUUGACUAUGCGCAGAUAGUGAUGGGUGAUCGUUGAUAGUUUUUAUGCACAAAAUUGAAGAAAUGCCAGGCACGCAAGUCCCGUUGCCGGAGGGCCGAUCACGAACCAGGCGAUUCCGCGGUUGGGGCUAUGGUGGGGCAUUGGGGGUUCAUCGCACAGCACUGGCCAUUAUUGACAAGUAUAUUUUUGAGUUUGAAAUAAGCAGAAAGAAGCUAUGCGGUUUGAUCUAGGUGUAUCUAUUUCACUACUUUAACUACAGAGUAUUGAACUCGGAAUCCAGUCGUCUCUUGCCGAACUGGCGAAUACUCGGGGCCGACCUCAUGUUCAACGGCCUGCUAAAUCCGAGACACGUGCUGGAUGACAUAAGCCGGACCCGCUUAAAAUCCUCUUUUCCUCUUUGCCCACUUCUGCUCUCCAAAGUUCCAUCUCCUCCCACACAUCUCUCUGGCCUCCAGGAUCACUGCGAAGCCCUUUAUAUCUGCGUCGGCUGUUUUGCACAGUUCACGCCUCCGCUCUCACGUUUAUUCAUACUCAGCUGAACACCUCUGGUCGUUCUCGCCCUUAAGAGAAUUCAAAUCAGGAAGUCUGCUGCCAACUUGUUCAUGUAUUCGUCCUCCGUGCAACAUUUCGAACACCACCUGCCGCUCAAGCUGCAAACGUUUCGCUCGCCGAGACUUUGUAGCAUACACCUCCGGUCCUGUGGUUGAAACCCGAUCGCUGGACUUCCUGUUGCCACUGUGACUCUGUCAUCUACAACAGAAACCGUCACCAUCUCACCACCCAAUAUUUACCCAAAAAACCCGAACUUGACACGCAUGUCUUGUUCAGUCGACAAAAUUUCCGUCACAAUCCCCUUUCGCAAUCCCGUCCUUCCGUUCUCGUGAAAAAAAAUCAUCACCAUAACCACUUCUAACCGUCACCAUGGCUACCGUCAACAUUCGCCGGGAUGUUACCGAUCCCUUCUACCGCUACAAGAUGGAGAAGAUCCAGUCCAAGAUUGAAGGCAAGGGCAACGGUAUCAAGACCGUCAUUGUCAACUUGACCUCCGUCGCCCACUCCCUCAGCCGCCCCCCUGCGUACGUCAUCAAGUACUUCGGCUUCGAACUUGGUGCCCAGGCCAAUGCUAAGCCCUCCGAUGACCGUUGGAUCAUCAACGGUGCCCACGACGCCCCCAAGCUCCAGGAUUACCUUGAUGGGUUCAUUUCCAAGUUUGUGCUUUGCAAGAAGUGCAAGAACCCCGAGACCGAUGUGAACAUCAAGGAUGACAAGAUCACCCUGGAUUGCAAGGCCUGCGGUCAGCGCACCGAUGUCGACCCCCGUCUCAAGCUGAGCACCUUCAUCGUGCGCAACAACCCUAAGGGUGGCAAGAAGGAGAAGAAGGAUAAGAAGGCUCGCCGUGAGCAGAAGAAAUCCGCUGCCAACGGCGAUCAGGACGCCAGUCCUGGCGACAGCAACAACUCCGAGAACGGUGAGGAGAAUGGUGAUGCCGAGGAUGCCGGCAGCGAUGAUGAGCUCACCCGCCGCAUCAAGUCCCAGGCUGAGACCAUCGAGGUGGAGACCGAGAUCAAAGACGACGAUUGGGCUUUCGACGUGUCUGAAGAGGCCGUCAAGGCUCGUGCCAAGGAACUUCCCUCUGAUCUGAAGCGCUCUCUCGUUCUGGAGGACGAGGAUGACGAGGCUGAUGGCCCUUCGUCCUACGAGCAGCUCGGCAGCUGGAUCGUGGAGACUGCCGAGGAGAAGGGUGGCGUCACCAAGGUCAGCGACAUCGACAUUUACAAGAAGGCCAAGGAGUUUGGCAUCGAAUCCAAGCACAAGACCGUCGCCGUCCUGGCCCAGAGCAUCUUCGACGACAAGAUCGCCAAGCAGGUUGAGGACCGCGCAGGGCUCCUUAAGAAGAUGAUUACCUCCGAGCGCCACGAGAAGGCUUUCCUUGGUGGCACCGAGCGCUUCGUCGGCCAGGACCGCCCCGCUUUGGUCGCCCAGGUGCCGGCCAUUCUGCUUGCCUACUACCAGAACGACCUGGUCUCUGAGGAAACCCUCAAGGCCUGGGGCGCCAAGGCUAGCAAGAAGUACGUCGACCUUUCGACCAGCAAGAAGAUCCGCAAGGCUGCCCAACCAUUCCUGGAGUGGCUGGAGAAUGCCGAAAGCGAGGACGAGGAGGACAGCGAGGAGGAUAGCGAGUAGAUGAAGCAGGUCGUUGUGUGACAAUGCCUACAUGCAUUCCACGUCUUUCUUGCUGGAUUUAACGUUAUCGCCUUUUCAAGUUUGACGUGAUUACUAACUUAUCGCUCUUUGGCUCCGAGGCCAUCUUGCUUUCGGGAUCCGUUUUACCUUCUUGUCGAGUUUUUUUUAGUACAGCCUUGAUCGUAGGUUCUAUCUAGCUUAGCUCACCAAUCGCCACUCCUUGACCUCUACUUCUCUUCGAG